AUGAGAUCAUGGAAGAUUAAGAUAUUCUGGGUGAUUCAAUGGGAAAGCGUCCAUAUUGCAAGAGUUAUUUCUUCUUCCGCCAUUUUUAUUGUUCCUUAUUUAAUUUUUGCUUUUUAUUUGUCAGGCCUCUUCCUCUCUCACUGUUUCCUUCAGUCUUUCUUUCUUUUGUUCGUCGUUUUUGUUCUUUCUUUCUUGCUCGCUUUCUCUCCUAAUUUUUUAGUUUCUUCCCACCCUAUCUAUCUAUCUAUCUAUCUAUCUAUCUAUCUAUCUAUCUAUCUAUCUAUCUAUCUCAUUCUUUAUAUGUCUAUUUGGAUUCUUUGCAUAUCUAUCUAUCUAUCUAUCUAUCUAUCUAUCUAUCUAUCUCAUUCUUUACAUAUCUAUUCGGAUACUUUACAAAUCUAUCUAUCUAUCUAUCUUUUUCCCUAUGCUAUCUAUCUUUUGUUCUGUUUCUUCCUUUUUGUUUUUUCUUUCUUGCUCACUUUCUCCUCUAAUUUUGCAGUUUCUUCCCACCCUAUCUAUCUAUCUAUCUAUCUAUCUAUCUAUCUAUCUAUCUAUUUCUAUCUAUCUAAUUCUAUUUCUAUUUAUCUAAUGCUGUUCCAAUCUAUCUAUCUAUCUAUCUAUCUAUCUAUCUAUCUAUCUAUCUAUCUAUCUAUCAAUCUAUCUCCUUCUUUAAAUAUCUAUUCGGAUACUUUACAAAUCUAUCUAUCUAUCUAUCUAUCUAUCUAUCUAUCUAUCUAUCUAUCUCAUUCUUUACAUAUCUAUUCGGAUACUUUACAAAUCUAUCUAUCUAUCUAUCUAUCUAUCUAUCUAUCUAUCUAUCUAUCUAUCUAUCUAUCUAUCUCAUUCUUUACAUAUCUAUUCGGAUACUUUACAAAUCUAUCUAUCUAUCUAUCUAUCUAUCUAUCUAUCUAUCUAUCUCAUUCUUUACAUAUCUAUUCGGAUACUUUACAAAUCUAUCUAUCUAUCUAUCUAUCUAUCUAUCUAUCUAUCUAUCUAUCUCAGUCUGUUCAUAUCUAUCUAUCUAUCUAUCUAUCUAUCUAUCUAUCUAUCUAUCUAUCUCAUUCUUUACAUAUCUAUUUGGAUACUUUACAAAUCUAUCUAUCUAUCUAUCUAUCUAUCUAUCUAUCUAUCUUUUUUCCUAUGCUAUAUCUUUUGUUCUGUUUCUUCGUGUUUGUUCUUUCUUUCUUGCUCGCUUUCUCUUCUAAUUUUGUAGUUUCUUCCCACCCUAUCUAUCUAUCUAUCUAUCUAUCUAUCUAUCUAUCUAUCUAUCUAUCUAUCUAUCUAUCUAUCCUUUGUCCAUUUAUUUCUUUCGACUUCUCGUCCAUCUCUAUUCCCCCGCAUUAG